AUGCCCUUGAAUGGACCAUUCGAUAUUUCGAAUCCAGCAUCUAUUGCUGCAGACAGCCUUGUCAAUUUGGAAGCUAUAAAAGGGAAAAACUCGCUCAUUACUGGUAAACAUGAAGGACCUGUAAAUAUAACCUACAACCUCAGCCCCCACGUCCCGAAGACUACCCAGGACGAUGUUUAUGAUAGUCUUAUAAAAGCCCUUGCUGUUCAUACGCCGCGCGAGCAUUUGACAAAGAUAAAACGUGUCAAACCCCAUGCUCCCGGAACGUGCAAAUGGCUGGUAAAUUCUGCAGACUACCAGCAAUGGCGAGACGGAGAUUCUCCUCAGAUUAUGUGGUUGAAUGGGGGUCCGGGAAUGGGCAAGACCAUACUCUCGACAUAUUUGAUACAGGAUCUUCAAGAAUUGACGCCACCUGGCUACAAGGGAGAAGUGGCCGCGGAGGAGGAGAGGGAUCCGAAGGCCCAGCGUGUGGCAUUUUACUUUUGUGAUUCUACGGACUCCAGAAGGAACAACAUGGAAGGCAUUUUGGGUGGCCUGUUACGGCAACUUCUCGAACACCAAAAACCCAUCUUUUCAAGGGGCAGAGGUGUUCAGCUUGGGGAAAUAGAAAGCAUGUUUCGCAACAAGGACUACGAUGGACUGUGGACAUUCUUUAGAGAUAUUCUGAAUGACAUCUCUGACAAGAUCUAUCUUAUCAUCGAUGGCCUUGAUGAAUGCAGUCCGGCACAUACGAAGCGUUUUGUUGAACUGCUCGGGGCAGAGGUGCGGGGGAAUGGAAUUGGCACUCAUGUGAAGAUUUUAAUAUCGAGCCGGCCCGACGAAUGUAUUCAACAGCACAUCGAAAGUCUUGCAAUACGCCUAAAAGUCAGUCCGGGGAAGGUGGGGAAUGAUGUGACCAGAGCAAUAGAGCAUAAGCUCGACAAACUGAACCUCGAUCAGACCGUAGGGUCAGACAUACGCAAAAGGAUUGAACAUGCUCUCAUCGAGAAAUCUGAAGGAACAUUUCUUUGGGUUGACUUGGUUGUUGAAAACCUCAUACCAAACAUUUCAUCUGACCAGAAGCUGGAGGACAUCUUGGAAGAACUUGGAAAGCUACCCCGAGGACUGGACGAAGUCUAUGAUAAGAUCCUAGCUAGGAUCUACAUAAAGCAACCGAAGCAAGUUGACUUUGUUCUACCUUUCGUCGCAAUAGCAAAGAGGCCACUUAGAGUGGAUGAUAUCGACAUGGCAUUUGCAUUGUGGAACGAUCCCUCAACCCUCAACCCGAUGCCCAAGGUUCGCAUUCUCGAUGUUCAUAAAUCAUGUCUCCCGCUUGUCUUCCAUGAUGAAGGAUCGAAAACUGUCAGUCUGAUUCAUUCUUCCGCAAAGGAUUAUCUGUUAAGCUAUAGGCCGCAGAAAUUGCUGGGAAGGUUGUAUUAUACAUGCUGUUUCCUAUUUACCCUUGCUGGCUUGGUCCAUCAAUACUUUCUCUUUCUUUCUAUACUUUGCUUGGCUUACCAAGUUCGACGCAUUCCUACUCGAUCUAUUCUAUCAAUGUCGGCCCUGGCCGAUUCGAUUUUACAGCUUGAGAACUGGAAAGCUCUUGUCGACGGGAUUCGGGGCCAUCCUUACCCAUUUGCUACUGUUAGGAACCUUCGGAUCGGUUCAGACCAAGCCAACUUUAUUGCCUUGCGUGUCUGUCUGGCAUGUUUAGGUAAUGAAGAAUUCGACCAUGGAAGAAAGAUUAUUCAACGCGAGGAUGGAAACAGGCUUAUUCCCGUUUUCAAAACGCUGGGGCUAUCCGAGUCCAAUGGCUUUGUCGACUACGCGGCAUGGUUCUGGCAGGACCAUGUCUUAGAGAUGGACCCGGCGGUCGCGGUUAAAUACCUCAGGAAGGUUCCUGGCCUAGCUGCUUUUGGAACCUUACGGGACAGUCUCUUGCUGUCUGCUGGGAGGCACGGUCAUGAUGGCGUUUUGAGGUUUUUGGUCGAUGAGGUGGGAGCUCGGCUCAACGUUGUUGAUUCUCAUGGAGAUACAGCUCUACACCUGGCGGCACUCGGUGGGCAUCUUCCGCUGUAA